UGUAACAAAAUGCAAAGGGUAUAUAAAGUCCCAAAUUACAUAUUCGUGCAAACAUACUUCACUACUUUUUAAAAAUUUGCCAAAAUGCCGCUUAACACCUACAAUCCAAAUCGACUUAAAGUUCAAUUAAAAUUGGCGAUUAAUCGACUUAAACUUUUGCAACAGAAGAAAAACUCAAUCAAUAAACAGCAACGUAAAGAAAUUGCCAAUUUAUUAGAAAAUUCAAAGACGGAAAGUGCUAAAAUACGGGUUGAAGGAAUCAUUCGAGAAGACUAUUUUAUCGAAGCACUGGAAAUUCUUGAACUUUAUUGUGAUCUCCUCAUGGCUCGUUUUGGACUUAUUGAGCAAAUAAAACAUUGUGAUCCGACAAUAAGUGAAGCUGUAAAUACAUUGAUUUAUGCCGCACCUAGAUCGGAGAUAAAGGAAUUAGGACAGGUACGCGACCAAUUGAUUGGUAAAUAUGGAAAAGAGUUUGCUUUGAAUGCGAUUGAUAAUAAAGAUGAUUGUGUUAAUGAAAGGAUUAUACAGAAACUUAUGUUUAGUACACCAGAUCCAUUUUUGGUAAAUCGAUAUCUUGAGGAAAUUGCUAAAACAUAUAAUGUAAAUUGGAAAGCAGACGAUAUAGAUUUGAUUUCGGCGGAUUUGUCGUCGAAUUCACAAGUUAAGAAUAAUAAAUCGAGUUCAGAACCUACGUAUACUGCAUUACCAGAUAUGGAUUUAUUGAUGUCGUUAAAUAAUGAUGCAAAAGGUGAAAGCAACCAGUCGGUAAGCGGACGAGAAUGAAGAAUGUGACGUCCUUCAUCCAGCUUCUUUCGAUCUAAUAGUAUAUUGAAUUACUAUUUUUCAAAGACAUCAACACCAAAUUCCGCAUCAAUUUUGGACAAUUCAGAUAAUAUACUUCCAGAUGUUCCAAUCGGUCCACCUAAGAAUCAUUCAAAAAAUAGUCUUGGUGCCCCUCCGUCGCCCAUUUUACCUCCUGCAAAUCAAUCAGAUGAAGAUAAAGAUAUCGUUAAUCCACCUCCUUAUUCAAAAUUGGACAACAAUAACGAAAAGCCAAGUUCAGGUAAUUCUAAAAUGACAACUGAUGAAGAUGAUGAGUUAAUUAGAAGGUUUGAAGCUUUAAAGAAGAGAUAGUUAAAAUUAUUUAUAAUUAGUUUAUUGACUUGAUUUUAGCCUUGUACAAGUUAAUCUUUCUAUUAAUUAUCAUAAUUAUAGAUAUUAUUUAUAAAUUAUUUUACUUUAUAUUAGUUUUAUU